AUGGCGUUUGGAACCAUCCCUUUGAACGACGGUACUGAGAUCCCUCUUAUUGCCUAUGGAACAGGUUCAGUCUGGAAAUUUCAGGAUGUUGUGCCAUACGUCGAGCAGGCCCUGGGGACAGGGUUUAGUCACAUCGAUACCGCUGCAUACUAUCAAACCGAGGAGGGCGUCGGUAUAGGAAUCAGAGAGAGCGGACUCGACCGGAAGAGCCUUUAUGUUGCAACCAAGUAUAGCGGCGGAGAUAUUCAACAGGAGGUUCGAAAGAGCCUGACAAAGCUCGGCCUGAAAUAUGUUGACCUUUACCUCAUUCACUCACCACGACUUGUCACGGGAGGUCUUGAGAAUGCUUGGAAGGAGUUCGAGAAAAUCAAGGAGGACGGCUUAUCCAAGAGUAUUGGCGUAAGCAAUUUCGAAGUCGAACAUCUUGAAAAAGUUGUCAAGACCGGAAAAGUCGUUCCGGCCGUCGACCAAAUUAGCCUUCAUCCGUACAAUUACGCAAAAGCUGUUCCAGUACUCGAAUAUUGCAAGAAGCAUGGCAUUGUCGUGGAAGCUUACAGCAGUCUGACUCCGAUCACGAAAGCACCAGGAGGUCCCGUUGACGCCCCAGUCUCUCAAGCUGCGCGGCGCCGCAAUGCAACGCCAGCCCAGGUGCUACAGCUAUGGGUCCUCAGCAAGGGCGCCGUUAUCGUGACAACAAGCUCAAAGAAGGAGCGUCUUUUGGAGUACUUGGCUGUAGCAGAUCUUCCACCACUGACAAAAGACGAGAUUGCUGCAAUUGACGAAGCUGGUGCGCUUGGGCCACCUGGUCUCUCGAGGAUUCGUGCGCUGGCCGAUCGCUUAAGGGUUCGGCCAUGGCACACGGUCGCUUUGGGAGCACUGCUACUCAUCGCUGGUUUUCAAAGGUACUACGUCCAGUAA